ACGAAGCUGUUCAUGCAGCCGGACCAGCUGAACGUACAGCUCUGCAACCGCUGCUUUCAGAAUUAAGAGUUCGCUAUACUGUAUUGCUAGCAAAAUUAGAUACAGUGUAUGAUCAGAUGCUUCAGCCACAAAAACGCUUGAUUGUCAAAAGGUUAUUAGAAGCUUGCUUGGGAAGACUGAUAGAAAUUAAACAUGAUUUGGUUGAGGUGCAUUUGUCGGAUUACACUUACGAUGACGAUGAUGUCCUAAAAAAACUUCAAAUGACCCCUCAUGAAGCAGAGCCAGUAGUGCCUCAAUACUUUAUCAGAGAAAGAGAAGAUGAAGUCACCAAUCGUCGUACAUUUAUAGAAGGCACUUUAAGGAAACUUGGUUAUGAGCCUCCAAAACCGCAGCCUUUGGUAUUGACUGAACAACAGGCGGUACUGGUUAUACAGAGCCACGAAAGAGCUAGGCAAGGUAGACUGAGAGGACAAUUCAUGAAAGAAAUCCGUCUUCUAAAAGAAAAGGGGAGGGAUCAAAAAGGAGAGAUGUCAGCAUCUGCUGCAACCGCCAUACAAAGGGUAUGGCGGGGAUUCAUAGCCAGAAGAGCAACGAGGAAGAGAAAAGAAAAGGAACAGUUGUUAAUUGGAAUGUCAAUGCCGCCAUAUGUUGAGUCUGCUGCAAUCAAGAAAGCUGAAGAAGUAAAACAAUAUAGACGUGGAUUACAAAAAGAGCGUGAAAAAGAAUUUCAAGAAGCGUUAGUCUCGAUUGAAGAAAAACUUCGUGCCAAACAUAGCGUUAAAAUGAACGAACAGAUCGGAGAUGAACUGAGAAGAUGGAUUAAAGAAUACUAUGAACGAACAGGGAGAUUUCCUGACUUUCCAUCUGAAGAAGGCGGUGGCAGUAGAGCUAUGUUUAGUCGACAAGGAACUGACAGUGAACUUUUAAGUAAAUCAUCGCCAGUGACGUCUUCUAGAGAAUCGAAGAAGAGCAAAGACAGCAAAGAUAAGAAGAGCGGCAAAGCUGAUGAUAACAAAAACAAAGACGAAGCUGAAGACUUGCAAACUUACAAAUGUAAUCCUUCAGCAUUCUUGCAAGAUGUUAUGAACUCUAACGAAGAAUUUGAAGACAUAUGGAAAUUCAAAGACGACCCUGAAAAUCCUCAUGAACGUUAUUAUAAAGACAUGAUAGAAAGAGAGAAGAUGGUCAAGAUCGAACAAGAGAUAAGAAACAUAGUCGAUGAAGUUAUGAGAAGUGAGCUUGAAGUUUUACAAGCAGCAUACGAUAGGGACCGCGCUCAUAAAGGGAAGAAAAGUAAAAAGCCCCAAAAGAAGGUACGACGCGGAGGCAAAAAGAGUAAGAAGAAGAAAGAAAAAGACCUCACACCCGAUAGAACAACGGAAUCACUGUUCGAAGAACUGGUGUCGAAUGGAAUUAUUCGUCCCUAUCCUCAAGUCAAAAUUGAUGAUUACAUUGGUGAAAAGUGUUAUGUGGGAGCUGAGUUUAGAAGUCAAGGUGAAGAACCUGAGCCUUGUUUGGGUGAUAUAAGGCAAUUGAUAAAAGAAUAUUGCAUUUUGCCUUUAGGCUCUGAGUAUGUCAGAACAAAUGCACCGUUGGUUCGAUCCGUUCUUAUUUCUGGACCAUCAGGCAGUGGCAAGAAAUUUCUAAUCCAAGCAAUCUGCAGCGAAACAGGUGCAACAUUAUUCGACCUGACACCUGCAAACAUAGUAGGCAAGUAUCCUGGAAAGACAGGUCUCAUAAUGUUAAUACAUUUGGUAAUUAAAGUAUCAAGAUUGCUGCAGCCGUCUGUAAUAUGGAUGGAUGAAGCGGAGAAGCCUUUUGUUAAAAAAAUACCAAAGACAGAUAAGACUGAUCCGAAGAGAUUAAAAAAGGAUUUGGUGAAGAUUAUCAAAGUUAUUCAAAUACCAAGAGCUGACUAUGGGAGUAUUUCCUUAAUGUGGCGAACUGUUCUUCAUAAAGCUGGAGCUUUGUCUCCUCGAUUGGACGUAUCUAGUUUGUCUAGAGUUUCUGAUUCUUAUACUAUAGGUACCCUCUUAUCGGCUCUGAAUGCUGUAUUAACAACUAAGCGAAGAUUGCAGCUACGUAUUCGAGCACUGCAAGCUCAAGAAGUAGCUGUUCAGCUAAGUUACAAGGAACCCGUUUAUGCCGAACAGGAUGCUGCGGCAGAAACUUGGUGGUCCAAAACACCACUGGAAAGAAGACGGCAAAAGGCAAUUCAAAAACUCCAAGAGUUGCAAGCUGAAGCCGAGGAAAGGGCUGCUAAUGCUGUUAAAUAAUUAGUAA